AUGUGUCAAACAACACUUGCAAACUUGAUGUGCAUUUGUAAUGGCCGUAUUUACUUCUCCGAAGAAAAAGAACUUAUACCCUACCUUGAACAAAAUUGGGAACUUUUGACAUCUCAACCUCGUCGAACCAACAACUCCUGGCACACAAAUAUACACAAAACACUCGUCAGCAAUGAACUCUUCAAUGUCGUUGAUUUGGAUCCCCAACACGCGGACGUGAGCACCAUUGGCCCCAGUUACGAGCGUUUCCGCGCCCUCACUAGUCAACUGAAGACCAGCGUUAGCAAACGCAACGCCCACCCCUCCACUGGUCAGUUGACCGACCUGGCCGGCGGUGGCGAUAGUUCAUCUACAGCCGGCGACGGCUCAGAGGGUGGAAUGGGCAAGUUCCUGCGCAAGGGUGGUCAGGUGUGCGGCAGCGGUGCCUCUCUCGGCGCCUCUGGUGGUGGUGGAUGCGUCGUUGGUGGUAACGUUCGCUCCACGCGUCGCUCUACUGCAGCAGCUGUUGCCUCUGCUGGCCUCAGCGCUGGCUCUUAUGCCAUUGGAUGUCAUGAGGAUAACAAGACUAAAAUUAGCGAGUUUGGGAUUCCUUUAGACCAUCCGGUAAACACGGAAAAUUACAGAUACGCUCUGGUGGAGGUGGAUCCUCAUGCGAAGGGUCGAAAACAGUGGGAUGAAUGUGAAAAUACGGCAGGAAAGCCCAUCCCUGGUUAUUUCUACCGUGUUUGUCACUAUCCAAAAGUUGUUCUCUCUCUCCAUGAUCGAGCUCAGCAGAUGAAGGUGCAGGACUCGCAGACUUCGGUGACGGGCGAGAAGGGCUAUAGCAUGACGCGGGCGACUCACAGCGUACACACCGGCACGUGGUACUAUGAGGCCACCAUCACUGACCACCCCGAGGGCUCAGCCACGCGCAUCGGCUGGUCACAACUUAUGGGUAACCUACAGGCUCCCUGUGGCUACGACAAAUUUAGCUACUCCUGGCGGUCACGUCUGGGCACGGUUUUUCACAAUUCGCGAGGCAAGCACUACGCUGAGUCGGGCUACACCAAAGGCGAUGUAAUCGGUUGUCUCAUCCACUUACCAAAAGUGGACUCUGCUGACAUGAUCCCCUCCACCGCCGGCCCCCUGAUAAAAUUCCGCAACUACUACUACUUCGAGGAGAAGGGUGAUCCACAGGCAUUGGAGAAACAAUUGCAGCCUUUGCCACGAAGCAAGAUUGUUUUUUACCGCAACGGUGAAUGUCUUGGCGUGGCCUUUCGUGACAUAUACGCAGGUGCGUACUACCCGGCCAUUUCCAUCUACAAAUCGGCUACCGUCUCGGUCAAUUUCGGGCCCGACUUCAAAUAUCCCCCUCAGGAGUCGGAGAACUGGCUACCAAUGUCAGCACGACGUGAAAGCGCAGAGAUUGAACAGACAAUGGCAGACAUGCUGUACCUCCUGGCAAACGAUCGACUCAUUGAACACCUCAUGAAGGAAUGCAACAGCCAAGCAGCUGCCAAGUAA